AUGCAAGAAAGAUCUCAGAAAGAAGUACUGAAGGACAUCUUCGAACAGAAAGGAAUUACUAACCAUAUCCAAGCAACAUAUUACAAUAAGCUUGGAAAUCAAAUCUUGGCAAAAGGACCAGAAAAUUUGAAAGAACUAUUUCCAGUACUUGAUGCUUCAAAACAGGAUGAAACAUGGGAAAUGGGCUACACAUUAGUUUUAGAUUAUUUAGGCAGGAAGAAUAUGACAAAAACAAAGGAAACUGCAACUCAAUUCGUUAACGGUCAAAAUCCUAACAAAGCAGCUACAGUUGAAAAGCUUGGCUUACCAAAUACUUCAUCAUCACCGUUAUCUGACCUUAUCAGAGAUCAAAAGAUGUAUUUGCUAUUUAAUUCAGAUAAUUUCGAUUACGACUUACCACCAUCAUACUAUCUUUCUAAGCAAUAA